UCCUGAGCGUGUCUCCUUUCAGGCUAGACCGGCAAACGCAGGCCACGACUCUGGUCCAUCAAAUCUUUGGGGGCUACCUCAGGUCUCGGGUGAAGUGCUCCAUGUGCAGGAGCGUCUCGGACACCUAUGACCCCUACCUGGACAUCGCGCUGGAGAUCCGGCAAGCUGCGGACAUCGUGCGCGCCCUGGAGCUGUUCGUGAAGCCGGACGCGCUGAGCGGAGAGAACGCCUACAUGUGCGCCAGGUGCAAGAAGAAGGUGCCCGCCAGCAAGCGCUUCACCGUCCAUAGGGCGUCCAGCGUCUUGACGCUCUCCCUCAAGCGCUUCGCCAACUUCAGCGGGGGGAAGAUCACCAAGGACGUGGGCUACCCCGAGUUCCUGAACAUCCGGCCGUACAUGUCCCAGAGCAGCGGCGACCCUGUGAUGUACGGGCUCUACGCCGUGCUGGUCCACUCGGGCUACAGCUGCCACGCCGGCCACUACUACUGCUACGUGAAGGUGCGCGGCGCGGGGCUGCCUGAGUGCGGGCGGCGGCGAGUGGGUCCCGUGACCGCGAAGACGCUCCAGGCCGCCCCGGAGCUGGGGGUGCCCGUUGCCAGGAACGGCCCCGCGCCGGGCCUGCAGUCGCAGAACGGCUGCGUCGCUCUGAAGUCACGCUCGGGUUCUGCGUCCCCCAGACUCUCCAGAACACCGCCGAGCCCCCCAGCCGUCCCGGAGGAGCACGGAGAGGGGGUCGAGAAGGCGCCCCCCGCGCGGCACGCCUCCCCGCCCUCCAAGCCCCCUCAGGGGCUGCCUGGCGGCAGCGGCCGACCCCAGAGCCACAGGCAGGGCUCCUGGGACGGGGCCUCCGCCCCCCCUCAGGUGAAUGGGGGCUUCAGGUCGCCUCCACACCAGCUGCAAGAGGCCGGUCAGCACCAGCAGAGCCCCUGUGAGAAGAGGGAGAAGAGCCACUCGGCCGAGAUCCCAGGGCCAGGCCCAGGCCCGGAGUCGUGGGCAGCAGCCGCAGGCCCCGCCAGGAAGAAGAGGAGGAAGAAGCGGAAGCGCGUGGAGGAGGCGGGCGCCUCCCCGCCGCACGAGGGGUCCAGGAGCCCGGGGCGUGGAGGAGGAGGCCGGGCAGAGCCGCCGGCGGGCCGGCUGGAGGACAAGGGUGGACAGCAGCCCCAGGUGAACGGCCGCCCCGGGAGCCGCGAGCAGCAGCAGGAGGGCGCAGAGGGCCUCCGCGAGGGAGGCCGCCCCCCCCGGGGCCUUCCGUGGCACAGGAUCUGCUCUCCCUCUAACGGCGCCCCGCCCGACGCCACGGCGCCGCCGCCGAGGAAAAGGAAAAAGAGGAGAAAGCCAGAGGCACAGCAGGAAGCAGAGGAGAAGGCGCCCCCAGAAGGCCGGGGAGUGCCCGAGCCCCGCGGCCCCACCCCCGCCGUGAACGGCUGCCGUCCAGUGGGCCACACAGGGCUGGGGCGGGCCGCCCCCCGGAGCGGAGAGCAGGCGCCCGACGUGGUCCAGGAGCUGCUCCGACACUCGUCCGAUACGGCCUUCGCGGGGAAAGUGCUGACGUGGGACGGUGGGCCCUCGGCGGUCAGCCAGGACGCUGUCCAGGACAGCAGACUGGCCCGCGCCGCCACGGUGAUCGACGACUGGGACACAGAGUUCGAUCAGGGGAAGGAAAAGAAAAUGAAGAAGCUCAAGAGAGAAAAGAAAAGAAACUUCAAUGCCUUCCAGAAACUUCAGAGUAGACGGAACUUCUGGUCUGUGACUCACCCAGCAAAGGUCACCAGCCUCAGCUAUCGCCGCUGAGUUCACUGCUGUCGAGACGGGUCUGAAGAGGGGACAGCAGGCGCCCUCCCGCGGGGCCAGGUGUCCCGGCUUUGCCAUGAUGCAGGCGGGGCGCACGCGGCUCUCGCCGGUCAGUAACAGCGGCCUGCACACCGGGCGGCCUUCCCGGGAAGUGUCAUCGGGACUGCAGGGGCAGCGAGUGGCCUCCUGCCGCCUGACCAGCAGCCUGGCGUGGGCCGGGGAUGCAGGCGGGCAGCGAGCAGCCGCACGCGC